UUAUUUCCCUUUCUUCUUCAACCCAACGACACAACGCGAAGACCAGAAAUCGAGCUUUUCUCUUGUGCGCUUGUUCUUCCUUCUCUGAAGCGAUGAGUCUCUUCGGUCUAGGCAGAAAUCAAAGGACUUUUCGCCCCAAGAAGAGUGCACCAUCGGGGAGUAAGGGGGCUCAACUCAAAAAGCAUAUCGAUGCCACACUUGGUAGUGGAAAUUUGAGGGAAGCAGUGAGACUCCCAACUGGGGAGGAUUUGAAUGAAUGGCUGGCUGUAAACACUGUGGAUUUCUUUAACCAGGUGAAUUUGCUAUAUGGUACCCUCACAGAGUUCUGUAGUCCAGAGAAUUGUCCUACAAUGACUGCAGGACCAAAGUAUGAGUAUAGGUGGGCUGAUGGUGUACAAAUCAAAAAGCCUAUUGAGGUCUCUGCUCCAAAAUAUGUGGAAUAUUUAAUGGAUUGGAUUGAAUCUCAGCUUGAUGAAGAAUCAAUAUUCCCUCAGAAGCUUGGUACACCAUUUCCUGCCAACUUCAAGGAGGUUGUGAAGACGAUAUUCAAAAGGUUAUUCCGUGUAUAUGCCCACAUUUAUCACUCUCACUUUCAGAAAAUUGUGAGUCUUAAGGAGGAGGCACAUUUAAAUACGUGCUUCAAGCAUUUCAUACUUUUUACACAUGAAUUUGGUUUGAUCGACAAAAGGGAGCUGGCUCCACUUCAGGAGCUGAUUGAAUCCAUCAUUGUUCCAUACUGAACAAAGAUCCUAUUUCAAGGAACAACUAAUUAAAUAAUCAAUUGCUUUCUGCAUGUUUGGCUGUGGUCUCUGUUUUGUUCUGUGUACAUGUUUUUGUAUUUGAAUGUUUUUAAGGUUGUGGAUUCUCCUGCUCUUCCCAUGGAUCGAGCUGAUUAAAGAAACCAGCUUCUUGAUUCUAAGGGAAUGAAGUUUAAUGUCUCUCUCCUUUUUCUCACAGGAGAUUGUUGCAUUUCAGGUGGCCAAAGUUUCAAUAUGGGUAACUGUUUGGAGUGGUAAAAUUUUAUUUAUGUAUUUAUAUAUUCAAAGCUUUGAGCAUAAUUUCUCUUGUUC